ACAAAUAUUGUGUUCUAGUGUGUAGGUGCUGGCACCUGCGAGAGCAAGAGAAAUGGCGGCCCGGUGGCUGUUGUUGCUUCUUCUUGGCCUCGUCGGUGGCGGAAGUGUUUUUAAUGUCCAUGGCCAAGUCGAUAACUUAGGUUUCAUAAGCAUCGACUGCGGCCUGCCGGAGAGUGCCGCCGGCUACAUCGACAACGCCACCAAGAUCUCGUACGCAUCGGACGCUGUCUUCACCGACGCCGGCACUAACCACAACCUGUCGGCCGAGUACAUGUCGGCACCCAUGGGCAAGAGCUGGUACACAGUGCGGAGCUUCACCUCUGCCGCCGGCGAGCGCAACUGCUACACGCUUGGCUCCCUCGUAGUAGGGCUCAAGUACCUCAUCCGCGCCAAGUUCAAGUACGGAAACUAUGACGGGCUCAACAGGCCGCCUAUCUUCGACCUCCACGUCGGCAUCAACUAUUGGCAGACCGUCAACAUAUCGGACGCCGACACGCCAGAGAUCUACGAGAUUAUCACCGUUGUCCCCGACGACUAUGUGCAGGUGUGCCUGGUGAACACCGGCGCAGGGACGCCCUUUAUAUCCAGCCUGGAUCUGAGGCCGCUCAAGAACAAGCUGUACCCGCAAGCAGACGGGUCACAGGGACUGGUUCUUGUCGCCAGGGCCAACUUUGGCGCAGGCGAUACUACACUCGUCAGGUACCCUGAUGAUCCGCACGACCGUAUAUGGAUGCCGUACAACAAGCCCAAGUGGUCGGUGAUCUCAACGACCAGAAAUGUGCAGAACGUCGACAAGGACUUGUUCGAGGCGCCGUCCGCCCUGAUGCAGACUGCCAUCACGCCCAUCAACUCCUCUAGCCCCAUCGACUUCACAUGGGAUGCCCAAUCCACCACCAACGAUCCAGUGCCUGGGUACGUCUGCAUUCUCUACAUUGCAGAGCUACAGCACCUUCCCAACAACGUCACCCGCCAGUUCUACGUCACUCUCAACGGCAAGCUCUGGUACGCGGAAACGCACGGUGCCUACACGCCGCAGUACCUCUACACCAACGCCAUCUACAACCCCAAACCUGACUAUGCCUCCCACCAAUACAACAUCUCACUAGACGCCACCGAUAAUUCGACUCUUCCACCGAUCAUCAAUGCGGCCGAAAUCUACUCUGUCAUCUCCACAACCCGCAUAGCCACGAGGGCUCAGGAAAUUCCUGCCAUAUCGACGAUCAGAGACAAGUACCAAGUGAAGAAGAACUGGAUGGGUGAUCCAUGCAUGCCCAAUAAUUUCGCUUGGAAAGGAUUGCGCUGUAGCUAUGCUGUUUCUAGCCCACCAAUCAUCAUAGGCCUGAAUUUAUCUUCGAGUGGUCUGAGUGGCAACAUCUCAUCUUCAUUUGCUAGUCUAAAAGGUUUACAAUACUUAGAUUUGUCAGGCAACAAUCUGACGGGCUCCAUUCCAGACGCUCUUUCCCAAUUGUCCUCACUCAAACUUCUAGAUUUGACAGGUAAUCAGCUCAGUGGAUCAAUUCCUUCUGGACUUCUUAGAAGAACCCAAGAUGAGUCCUUAACACUUAGAUAUGGUAAUAAUACAAAUCUCUGCAGUAACGGAAACUCCUGUCAGCCUCCCAAAAAGACGAGCAGCUCUAUGGUUGCUGUCUAUGUUGCAAUUCCUAUAUUUCUGGUACUUAUGGUUGUGCUUCUCGCCGUACUACUCCUUUGCAUGCGAAGGAGAAAGCAAGGAACAACAACCAAUAGUGUAAGGCCGCAAAACGAGGCAAUUAACAACAAUGGACACACCUCACUGCGACUCGAGAAUCGCAGAUUCACGUACAAUGAAUUGGAGGCCAUCACGAACGGCUUCCAGCGAGUGGUCGGCCGAGGAGGGUUUGGGAAAGUCUAUGAUGGUUUCUUGGAGGAUGGCACCCAAGUGGCUGUCAAAUUGCGGUCAGAAUCAUCCAACCAAGGUGUACAAGAAUUUUUGGCAGAGGCUCAGACCUUGGCUAAGAUUCAUCACAAGAAUCUUGUGUCCCUGUUUGGGUACUGCAAGGAGAGGGAGUACAUGGCUCUUGUAUAUGAGUACAUGUCUGAAGGAGCCCUAGACGAACAUCUUAGAGGGAGAGAAAACAGCAGAAGAACUUUAACCUGGAGACAAAGACUUCUUAUCGCCAUGGAAUCAGCACAAGGGCUUGAGUAUUUGCACAAGGGGUGCAAUCCGCCCCUCAUUCACAGGGACGUGAAGACAUCCAACAUUCUGCUGAAUGCAAAGUUGGAGGCCAAAAUCGCUGAUUUUGGCCUGCUCAAGGCUUUCAAUAACGACUGUGAUACCCACGUGUCCACGGCUAGGGUGAUUGGGACACCCGGUUACCUUGAUCCUGAGUACAACGCUACGUUUCAGUUGACCAACAAGAGUGACGUGUUCAGCUUCGGUGUAGUGCUACUUGAGAUAGUCACGGGGAAACCACCCCUCCUGAACAAUCCAGAGUCAAUGAGCAUCAUCCACUGGACACGUCAGCGCCUUGCCCGUGGCAAUAUUGAGGAUGUAGUGGACACACGCAUGCACGACGACCAUGAUGUCAACGGCGUAUGGAAAGUCGCUGACACUGCACUCAAGUGCACUGCCCAGGCGGCGGAGCAGCGACCCUCAAUGACCGAGGUGGUGGCGUUGUUGCAUGAGUGCCUUGAGCUUGAGGCUGCGCAUAACCACAUGAAUGCAGGGUUCUACACAGCUGGUAGUGGUGGUAACGCGGAUGGCUACAGUGGAUACGACACUGGCAUGUCGACUGAUGUGAGUCAAAGCAGCUCUGCAUUUGAGAUGGAAUAUUUGGGCAGAGUACCAACAAUGUCUACAGGUCCAGCGGUGAGGUGAGAAGAGGACUAGGAUGAUGAAUGGCCGCCACCUCCCAUCCAUAAGUUUUUUAUCGUUUUCUCUCAAGGGAAUUCAAGUCUUUUCGAUGAUUUUUAUUAUAUAUUAUAGAUGUAACAUGCAAAAAUUUCACACAUGUAAUGUGUUUUGUUGGAUUUUCUACACAUCUGAAUGAGAACGAGAUAACGCUUGAUA